AGAAGUAGAAGAAGAAUAGACCAGUCAGCGUUUACUGACGUGGUAAAUUUCGUUGCUGUUGGAGGGAGGUAUGUGUGUGGAGUGCGAUGCUUAGGCAGUUUCAUCAUACUGUGGUUGUAGCCGGUGAAUAGACAUCCGCUUUAGACAGCACCUGCUGAUCAGGGGAAACGCAUUUGGUGGAUUAUUAUACCUCAAAGGCAUGUUGCAUUGUCUGCGAAAUUAGUAUCCUACCUAUUCCAAUGAAAGCCCAUUGAUCAGUCGGGGAUUCAUUGUGGCCGAAUAUGCUUACAGACAUGAUUGAGGUGGAAGAAUUCGAAAUCAAGGAGGAUGAACCUUGGUAUGACAAGCAGGACCUUGAGCAUGACCUGCACCUAGCUGCUGAGCUGGGGAAGACCCUGCUGGACAGGAACAGAGAGCUGGAGCAGGGUCUGCAGCAGAUGUACUCCACCAAUCAGGAACAGCUACAGGAGAUAGAGUACCUGACUAAGCAGGUGGACCUCCUGAGACAGGUGAAUGAUCAGCAUGCUAAGGUGUACGAGCAGUUAGAUCAGUCUUCCAGAGAGCAGGAGCAGAGCAACACCCGCCUGGUACAUGACAACAGGACCGCCCAGCACAAGAUCCAGGGGCUCACAGAGAUGAUCGAGGCUCUGCAGACCCAGGUGGAGGAUCUGAAACGUCAGGUAGAGGAUCUGAAGACAGCCCCUGCUAAUCCCGAUAGGAAACCCCUUGCAGAAUCAUGGCGGCCCUACGGGGUGCAGAGUGUGUCCUGCCUGAAUGAGUUACAACGCACACACAGGUACUCGAGUGUCGACUCUGGAGACCAUUCGGAUGACCCCUGGUCUCCCUCUGACGUCUCGUGGCGGGAGGAGGAGCAGGAGUCGCUACGGCGAUCGCUCCGCUCCCUACAGAUCCAGUUGGCCAAUGAACGUGCUCGGAGGGAGGGGGCAGAGCGAGAUGCAGACCACCUAGCCAAUGAGAAUGUGGCACUGGAGCAGCGCCUGGGAAUGAUGGAGGGGUGCCAGGCCAGACUAGUGGAGCUGGAGUGUGAGGCUGAGGAGCUUCGUCAGCUGUGGAGAGCCAACUACGGCAACAAAGCUUCGAGGUCAAGGGUCAGCUUAGGCAUGCUGCCCAAUGCCCUCUUCUUCCCCCUGAACGAGGAGAGGGGGAUGGGGGAGGAUGGAGACAGUGAGGGAGACCUGAUGGAGAUCAGCUACCGUUCUAAGGUGAAAGGUUGUGAUGUCCUAAAGCACUGCAACAGCGAGAAGCAGCUUAGGUCGCUGCGGGGUGAGGGGUCAGACGUAUACGAGAGUCAUGACCACGAGCGUUCGUGCGUCCGCCAUUCGGAGGUGGUGAAGCAGCGUGGGAUCUCCCUUCUCAACGAGGUUGACGCUCAGUACAGCGCCCUGCAGGUGAAAUACGACGCGCUGCUGCGGCGCUGCCACCAGGGGGAGCCGGACCCGAGCCAGCAGCACAGCCAAAAGGAGGUCCAAAAGCCCAGCGGAGCCCCCUUGGUCCGCCCACGAAGCCCAGCCUCGCUCCGCCAGAGCCAGGAGGAUGAACUUCACCAGCCUGAGUACAAGGCCCUGUUCAAGGAGAUCUUUACUUGCAUCCAGAAAACCAAAGAGGAUCUGAGUGAGAACAGGGGAAAGUCUUGGCAGCUGGAGUAGCAUUAUUUUCGCAAAUAAACAUAGAAAAAUGGGUUUGUGCUAAACAAGCUAUUUUUUUCCCCCCAAUUGGAGCUGGAACAUACUGUAUGUGCAAGCUACUAAGCAAGCAAAGCACCUUAGUCAAACAAUUUGAAAGACUUGUUUAAAAGUUUGCCUGGGAACUGAUGUGUUAAAUCUGGUAGAAGUGAAGAUGAAUUGAUAACCUUCUCAAAGGGCUCAUCGUUAUCUAUGGACGUUGGCACAGCUAAAGAAAGGCAAGAUACACCAGCUCUUAUGCAUGGAAACAACAGUGCCUAACGUUCAGUCUAUUGUACAUAAUUCUGCCUCAAUCUCCCAGGUAUACCUGAGCCAGUUGCUUAGCAUCUAAGGGCAACUUUACUGUACACUGAGAAUCCAAGGACCUCUGGAAACUAUUUCUCUGGACUAGCUCUUUUCAAUGGUACCUCUAUGCACUGUUAAAUCAAAAGUUGCAUAUCCUUUUAAAGUGACUUGUCUGAGCCUGAGGGUCAAAACGGGAACAUUUUACCAUCUUUGAGUGCCUAGAAAUGCCACUGUUUCCUACUCUUGGUAAUGAGUUACCUUGCAAGGCGAGGUGUGAAGGCAAUCUGUGAAUUUUAAAAAGGGAAAGCUUGUUAUCGCUUUUGUUCAAUGCAGCUAUACAAUAAUCAUCAAUGCAUCUUCAACUGCAGCUAUGAAAUGUUUGGUCGAGAUCUUUGUCAUUAUUAAAAGUUUCUGAAUAUUUGACCAUAAAAAACACCUGAUGGUUUUCGGUGAUCAUGUAAGGUCCAAGAUGCACUAUAAUUUCCAGAACUCUCUUUCACAAUUGAACUGUACGUCUUCAAAGUGUUUUGCCUGAUCCUGAAGUUUAAAAACUAAAGUAAUUGGGUACGAAGAAUGAGUUGUUAAUGAAUAUUGUAGUAGCUAGUGAUAAUCUACUGAGGCUAUAACGAAACUCGGCUAUAUACUGUACGGUGCUAUGAUAUUGAUGUGCUUUACGAAUACAAUGACAGACAAUGUAGACAUUUUAAGUGCUAUUCUGAUUCUUUGUCAGAAACUGUCUGGUUAAUUGUUUAACUCAUGCUAUCCUAAUUGUUCAUGAUAGCCACAUCCUUAGUUGACAUCACUGUAAAAUCACAUUGUAUUGAGAUGCACUUAAGAUUUGCACAGGGAUCGUUGUUCUUUUUUGACACUUUAUGUAGCUUGCCACUGUACUGUAUAACAAGUGCUAUUAUUAGUUCCUGUUCACUGUAUUAGAUACCAAAAUAUUGUAAAAUGUAUGUGUCAUCUUUGAUAAAUGCAAACUCUGAGAGGA